CAAACCCCGGCGUCACUUUCUAUUUUUUACGACAGGGUGACGUCACCCACUAACGUCACAUGACUUCCGCCACAACGAGGACUGGACCGUGCCGAUGAUCCGGGGUCUGGCCGCAGCCGCCUCUAGUUUAAUCGCUGUUUAUGCCGGCGUCCUUCUUCGUUACGGGCCGAGAGAAACGCCGAGCAGGUCGGUCUCAGCUCCUCUCUCUAUGUCGGUAAUACGGUUGUUGACUCGACGAAUGUCCUCGGCUCUUCCUCGUCAUACCAUAUGGGAGUCAGAGGAACUAGUUGCCUACCUCCACCCUCGACCCUGGACCCCAGGCACUGUUGUCCUGGAGCAGAAGUCCCACGGGGGAGCAGCAGGCAGCAUCUUUGACUUAGGGCAGAGGGAAUAUCUGGCGAUGCUGUUUGGUGCCAGGACCGUGGGGCAUCUCCUGUGUGAGAGGCUAGGGGUACACAGGUGUGCGUUGAUCACCAGACCCCAGAAAGAAGAACCAGCACAGAUCCGUAUUCUCCCACUGCAUGGCCUGGAUGCUGAUUGGCAUCCUCACCUGGCAGGAGAGGAGGAUUACAGCCCCCAUGACCCAGGCUACUGCACUUCCAAGAGUGGUCCUCGCUGGACAGACUCCAGUCUUGCAUUGAUCCAAGCCAGAAUCCGCGCCAAGCUCCCUUCCCCUGAAGCCCCACCCAACCUUACCUUCCUCGGCUCUGACCCCAACCACCCCGGCCUGUUCUCACGCAUCGUCCGUGGGGAGGAGCAGCAGUGGCGGGUGUGGGAGGAUGAGGGGCACGUGGCCUUUCUCACUCCUUUCCCCAAUUCCCCUGGACUCACUGUAUUGGUCCCACGCCGACCUUUGACCUCUGACAUUUUCCGCCUGGAGAAGGGGGAUUAUGAAGAGCUGGCUCUGGCAGUUAAGAAGGUCUCCAAGCUCCUUGAAGAAGGGCUGGGUGCUUGGGGGGUUGGGCUCAUCUUUGAGGGCUUUGAGAUUGACUAUGCCCAUGCUAAACUGAUUCCACUGCUUCCACCUCCAUCAUCAGAUGAACAUGACCUCACCCCUAACCCACCCCCUCCCCAGUUUUAUCCCAUUUAUCCUGGGUACAUCUCCUCAGAGGAUGGACCUGAGGCAAGCGCUGAGAGUUUGAAAGAGUUUUUUGUGAAAAUUGCACAGCUUUAAACUCAACAGUUUGUUCUUAGUUAAAACAUACUUUUUUUGCUCAUCUGCCUUUAUCAAAAAUACUCCUCGGCCUAUGGGCAUCAAUUUCUUUGCACUAAAUGACCAAAAUAAAACAGAAAGUGCCUCAUGACAGCGUGCAAUGGGGCCUGCGGUACAGCAUCCAAAAGACAUGGUAUACUGGAAACUGGUCAUUGUUGCUGAAACAUGGUUUUUGUACCCUUGGAUUGCAAAGCUUUGUGGAUGGAAGAGGAUCCCUUCCCUUGUGUAGAUGGGAGAUACAUUUUACAUGAUACCUGAUAUGGAAAAGUACAAGAAUAACACAAAUAUGUAGGGAAAAAUAUAGAAGUUUGUACUGGUCCUGGUGCACAAACUACAUAUAACUACCAAACUACAUGAGUUUUACUCUCACUGUCUGUUUUUACAUUUGUUGUUGAGGUGGGAUGAGGUGUGAAUAUCUGAAUUGCAGUAUUAUUAUAACCCAGGUUACUGCGUCUGUUCUGAUUAUCUUUUUCUUUUUUUUUACCAAACUGUUACCAAAGUUUUCAGUAAAGAGCUUUUUGAUAGAAAAUAUUUGCCAAAAACAUAUCUCUCAUGUCUCAAAUGAACAUGAGUUUUGCUAUUUUACAGUGACUUAUCUGCUUUUCCUCCUUUGCUUGAUAAGAAGCAGUGGCCAUAGAAAUCUAUUUUCAUAGUGCACAUUGCACAUUGUAAUGUAAUUUAAAUAUUGUUGUUGCACUUGAUAUAGCUUUUACUGAGAAUUCUCAAACGUUUACCCAUUGAUCACUUUUAUUACAGUAGAUCAUACAGAUAUGUUGUGCAAUCAUUCUGAUUUAUAUUUUACCAUGUUUAAAUUUGCAAUGAGAUUUUAUAUUCAUUAAAAUCAACAAACAUCUAUUAA